CGCGCUCCUUACAACUCCCCCCUUCCCCAGGGACUCCAACCAAGGACACGGCGCGUCCAUUGGCUUUGUCCGCGGAAAUCCUAUGUCCCCUCCACACGUCACAACAUGCUCCCCCGAGUCAUUCAAACUGCAGCAGUCCUGCUAACCCUGGCCCACCACCUCGCAGCCUUGCAACCAGAUCCCGGGAGCUUCCGCACAGCCGCUGCAGUCAACGAUGACGGGUUACCGAUAUCCCUUCAAACGUGUCUCGGUGACACCGGAGCCGAGGUCGUAUACCCCACAGACUCCGAGUACGCCAAUCUCACCCUGCCGGACAAUAGCAACUACCAUCCUCAUCCCCAAGUUAUUGGUAUCCCCAAAUCCACGCAAGAAGUCGCAGCGAUCGUCCGCUGCGUGUCCGCCGAGCAGGGCCAGGUUACUCUCAGCCCUCGCGGCGGCGGACAUGGCUAUGCUGCGUACAGUUUCUCCGGCCAGGUUGUGAUCGAUUCUAGCCAGAUGACCGACAUUGUCCUAAAUGAAACCGCACAAGAAGUUACCGUGCAGAUGGGCCAGACCAUUGGCACCCUCGCCCUGACUAUCGGCCGCGCAGGAUACGCCUUACCGCAUGGCACCUGUCCAGGUGUCGGCAUUGCAGGCCACAGCCUCGGUGGAGGAUGGGGAUAUACCUCACGCCAAUGGGGAUGGCUAGUCGACCGACUGGUCUCCGUCGAGCUCGUCGACGUAACCGGCAACAUUCACACCCUUAGCCCGACAAGCAACACCACCGACCCAGACCUCUGGUGGGCCAUUCGCGGCGCCGGCUCAAACAACUUCGGGAUCAUCACCUCCUUCACCUAUCGCAUGGAACCCGCCCCAACGGCCAUCACCAACUACAACAUUGACUUUGCCACGCAGUCCGACUGCGUGCAAGCCUUACUUACCCUUCAAGACCUGGGCUCCCAGCCCGACGGCCUCCCCACCUCCCUAGGCGGCGAACUCAUCAUAACAGGUGGCUACACAGCCCCAAACGCCUACUGCUCCUUCACAGGCCAAUACUUCGGGACCCCAUCAUCCUACAACAGCACCAUUCAUCGCUUCCUCACCCCACUAGCCCAACAAUCCAUCCACCCCCAAUCCACCACCUCCCCCUCCUUCACUGACUGGGUCUCCGCCCUGACCGACCUAAUGGGCCCCCUCGACGCCCCCUCCAUUCCUCAACCCUACUACGCCCAAUCUCUCCUCGACUCCGGAUCCCCAAACUACACCGCCACCACAGCCUCCGCCAUCCUCAGCGCCGUCCAACCCGCCGGCCCCGCAGCCCACAUCUCCUUCGAUCUAAACGGCCCUUCCUCCGCUACCAACCAACCCCCGCAAAACGACGUCGGUCCCAUGUCAUUCCUCCACCGCAACAGUCUGUUCCUGGCGCAGAUCUACGCGGCUGAUUUUCCGGGCUUUGAUGAUCCCGGGAGAGAUGAAGCGUUGGAUAAGAUCUGGGCGAUCUCAGAUGCAGUACGCAGCGCAGACCCGGAUGGUGAUUGGCACGCGUAUCAGAAUUACAUCGAUCCGAAUUUGGAUAACUGGGGACCGAUGUAUUACGGGGAUAAUUUGGACAGGUUGAAGGAGGUUAAGCAACGGGUGGAUCCGAACCAUGUGUUGGAUUUUCCGCAGGGGUUGGGAAAUGCUUGAUGGGCG